AUGGAGUGCCCCCGGAAAUGGCACCCCAGUUCCUCAGAAAAUGAUUUCACAGUAACUUUAACAUCAGAAAUAACGAGCCUCCAAGAUUCCCAAACUCCUGCUGACCAUGGAGCUAAAACUGCCAGCAAGCAAGGCACCCAAACUCCUGUGCAGUAUGGUGCCCAAGCUGAUGCCACCACCAGCACCCAGGCUGCUGCUGAAACCCCUCUGGAAAACUUACUAGCAGGGAAAGAGAUGAGUAGAAGCCAGGAUGAACCGCCUUGCGAACUUGAGAACCAGUUUAUAUUGCGUCUGCCUCUGGAACAUGCUUCUACUGUCAGGAAGAUGAUACGUUCUGGAAGUUCAGCCAUGAAGGAUAAACUAAAAAUUGACUUAUUUUCUGUUGGAUGUCAUGCAGCUGUUGAGGUAGACGGUGUCUCACUAGCUGCUAAGCUGGUUGAUUUGCCUUGUGUUAUCGGAAGCCUGAAAACUCUAGAUAAAAAAACUUUUUAUAAAACAGCAGAUGUUUCCCAGAUGCUUGUGUGCACUGCUGAUGGUGGUAUCCACUCUUCUCCUGAAGAACAAGUUACCUCUACUGAUCUUAAAGCAAUCAGGAAAAGUGAAAAGGAGAGACAGAAAAAAUAUAUCUGGAAGCAUGGCAUUACUCCACCACUUGAGAAUGUCAGAGAGAGAAGGUUCCGCAAAACAACAAAAAAGGUUGCUGAGUUCAAACAAGUCGAAGAAAUGAGCGUUCCUGAGUACGUUGAAUCUCCUGAUGUAGAAAAGGAAGUGAAAAGACUACUAUGCUCAGAUGCUGAAGCUGUCAGUGUCCGAUGGGAGGUCAUUGGCGAAGAUGAAACCAAGGAAAUAGAAAGUCAAGGCUCCAUUCCAGGCUUUGAGAUAGCCUCAGGAAUGAGUGGCUAUAAGCAGGGUCACACCUCACCAGAAAAUGUUGUGUUUCGGGAGAUGUUCAGUGAUUCCAGCAGUGAUGAGGAUGAGGAUGAUGAGGAGGAUGAAGAUGAGGAAGAGGAGGAAGAUUAUUAUGAAGAGGAUAUGGAAAGGGAGCUACAGGUCAAGUUCAUUGAAUCUGGCCAGUAUGAGGCAAAGGAGGGAGCCAGCUCAAUUGUCACGGAAAUUCAGAAGCACACUCAUUACGUGGAGAAAAAGCUCCAAGAGAUUCGGUGCAAAGCACAAAGACAGAAGGUGCUCUUAAUGAAAGUGGAAAACCUGAUGCUCAAGAAUCAUUUACGAUCCGUGCUGGAGCAUCUUAAGCUAGAGGAAAAACAAAAAAAUGAGCAGCUCAUUUGUCUCCAGGAGAAACUGAACUAUUUUCUGAAGAAGUGA